UGGAGCCCCACAACAACAACAAAAGAAGGAGCAGUCGGGUUUAUAGGGGGACUGAAGGAAAAGAAAAAGCUGCACCGCGCUGCACUGUGACUCCCGAUGUACAAAAAAAGGAACUAACAUUUUUUAUAUAUAUAUAUUAAUAUAUUUUAUUUCUUCCGCGAAGAAACACCCUCAAAGUUUUUCUAUUUUUCGGAAAAAAGCAGCCUUAACUACCUCAAUUUUCUCAUUUUUAAAGGAUUUUUUCGGAGCUCGUUUACAUCCUCUUGCUUCUUUUCUGCCGCAGGUCUUCUCUUAGUUUCCGUCGUUGACUGAUAGCAGCUGAGUGAUGAGCGAUGUCCUUCCUGCUGCUCAGAUGAUCCAUGACCACGCAGGCUAUUGAUGCACUUUAGCACCGUUUCCGGAGCCUUCCUCCCCCCCUUCGCCGCCGUGAACCCCCCGCAGCUGAUGACCAAAGCGCUCGCCACACCCCCCCGCCGUCGCCCCGAGCCACGCGCCUCCCCUAGCCCCUCCCUCGACCCACCCCCAACAUGUUCCAGAGGUUCACCAGCGCUCUGUUCGGGGACGACGCGGACGAGCUGAGCCGAUGCAGCCGAGCCGGAGACGGCAAAGAGGAAGAGGAGGAGGACGAAGACUGGAUCCUGGUCAACUACCUGGCUGAAGCCUGCUCCAGUCAGUGUGGCGACGGCCGCUCUGGAUCCACCGUCAGCCCGAAGCCAGAGGAGGAAGUGGAGGACGAGGAGGAGGAGGAUGAUGAUGAUGAGGAAGACUUGGUGAUGAUCCCCUCCCCGAUGGCGAGCCCCCCCAUCCGCUAUGCCUCCUGCACCUCCCUCAACUCCACGGCUGACACAGACCCGGACGGCGGCGGCGAGGAGGUGGAGGAGGAUGACGAUGAUGAUGAUGAGGAAGAGGAGGGGAGUGGGUUCCUGCGCCUGGACGCCUGCUCCCUGGAGGAGAGCUGGUUCGUCACCCCCCCUCCCUGCUUCGGGGGCCGCAGCCAGCCGGUCCUCCUGGAGACGAACCCUCUGGAGAACCUGCUGAUCGAGCACCCCAGCAUGUCCGUCUACGCCCACCGCAGCCCCCCCCGCCUCACCCUCGACCCCCUACCCCGCUCCCUCGACCUGGAGCUGGGCCUGUUGCCUGGCAACGUGCCCGCCCCCCCGACGGCCUCCGGGGGGAAGGAGAAGGGCAGACGCACGCUGGACGGGCCGCGUCACAGGCCAGACGUGGCGGUUGUCCAGCGUCGCUCCACCCUCCACUCAGCCUGUUACGCUGCGGCUCUGUCGGCCCGCGCCGGCCUCCUGCAGCAGCGUCCCGGCCUCGCCGCCGCCCAGCACGGCCAGCCGCUGUCCCGUAACGCUCUGCGUCGCCUCAACCUGCUGCGCCCCCCCAAGGCCGGCAGCAUGCACCUGCACCAGCCCAGCCAGAGACACCUCAACUUCUGAGGCCCUGGCUGCGUCCGCCUACAUCAUCAUCAUCAUCAUUAUCAUCAUCAUCAUCAUUAACAACCAUGAUCCUUUAAGCAGUAUAAACUCACACUGGACACACACACACACCUACACCUACACACACACACACACACACACACACACACACACACACACACACACACCAGCAACAGCAGCAGCCAUCAGUUACACACCACAGUCUAAGAAUCGGAUCAGAUGGUGAAAUAGGGGAACAUGGCUGGUGUUUUAUCUUCUAAAUUUGAUCAAAUCAUGUGUGUGUUUGCCUCCUCUUCCUCUUCCUCUUCCUCUUCCUCCUCCUCCAUAUCGAUGCUGAGAAGAAGGGAUGUGAAAAGAAAAAGGUCAUCAUAUCUCCUCCUCCUCUCACGCUUUCUAUUUCUGUCCAAUCACAGAGAGGAAGAGUUGUCCCCCUUCCUUCUCCUCCUCCUCCUCUUUCUGCUUCUUCUUCUUCUUCUUCUUAAUGAACGACUUUAUAUGUGUAGAAUCAAUGCUGUAGGUCACUUUACUCAGCGGCGGGUUCAUGCCCCCCCCUUCCCCCUCCUCCUCCUCCUCCGAGGCACGGAUGGCGAUGCUGAUAUCAAUGGCAGGAUCAUCAGGUAACCUUUUGGGCAACUUCUCAGGACAUCCGGAGACAUUUCAGACCCCAAAAAAUCACUUGAACAGGUGCAGUUUUUAAUGCCCAAAAAGUUGUCAGUCGUAGUCGUGAUGCUUUUUUAAAGGAAAAAUCCCCUCAAAUCAUCUCAACAUUAGUUUGUGGCUUGUCUUGUGAGCUCUUGCAGUCCCCAUGAUGCCUUUCAACUAGUCUAUAGUAUAAAUAUAAAGGGAUACUCUGGGAAUUUUACAUGUCAAACUCAACUCAACACACUUUUUUCUGCUGCCUCUCUGCUGCUCUGUUUAUAAACUCAUAAAGGGGUUUUGGAGGGUUUUUUUUUUUUUUUUUUUUAGCAGGGCGUCUAAGUGGAAAGAUGCUAUCAAAACUGCAUCAUGGGAAAUGUAGGACGCAGUGUUUUUAUGGAGCUUAUUAGGGACUAAAACUCAGGAUAUUUUUUUUUUACGCCUCUACUGCUUCAACUGCAAAAUGCCCCGACUUUUCUGGAAGUGCAAUAUAAAUAAAUCACUGUAGAAGAGAUUUUAAAACCUUCAUUUUAAAGAAUUCCUUGCAGAGAAAAGGCUUUCUUCACUCCACCUAUAAGAUAUUUUUAAAAAGAGCUGACAGAGAUCCAGGUGCAACCGUGUUGCAUCCGGCAUGUGUCACAACUGAAACACGAGAAACAGAACAGAGACUUUUUUUCUUACUCAAAACCUUAUAAACCUUGUAGCUGCUUUUGUAUUCUUAGUUUCUGGGUGAUUUUUCCUUUCCACGCUGAUGAUCGACAGAAGCUCUUAAAAUGACAAACUGUUGAAGGGCAGAAGCCUAAAAGAAAAGAUACAUAGUAAUGAAUGAAGUCGGCGAUGGAAAAUCAAUCAUUAAUAGCUUCUAAUGACAGCUUUACAGCAUUUUUAGGGGAUUUUUCCUUUAAUUUCCUGCCUUUUUUAAAUGUAAAAACCCUUCUGCAGCAUCACUCUGCCGUGAAAUCCAACAGUUCCUGCGGUGGCGGCGGUGGCUUGAACCUGCCUCUGACUUUAAUAAUUCAGUACUUUUCACAAUAUUUUCUUGAAAAAAGAAAAAGAGAAAAAAAAAAAACAACUGUAAAAAUUACUGGGUUAAAUAUCACUAAACGCCUUGUUUUAACGGUAGCUUUGAGAUGAAUAGUAAAAAGAAAAAAUAAAUAAGAAAAAAAACUUCCAAAAUAUUUUUUUUAAAAAGAAAAAACAAAUUUACAUAUCAGUAUGAAGUUGGUAUAUAUGCGUCUACGGUUUCCUUGCUUAGGUAUGUUUGGUUAUGUUAGUGUGCAAACUGUUUGCAUGGUUGUAGAGUUGUGUUAGUGUCACGAUGGUUGGAGAAAAAAAAAAGAAAAUGGAAAAAUGGUAUUCUUUUUAUUAUUAAUUUUUGUUUUUGUUUUGUUUGCUCUUAAAAUUAAAAAAAAAAAUCUGCAGUCCACUUCUCAGGGUCACAACCAAUCACCUUUACACUUUUAGUUUUUUUUUAGGAAAAUGCAGAUUUACUUGACGGCUGAUGAUUCUUUGUGCGUGCUCGGACUUUUCCAGCUCUGUCCCCCUUUUUUUUUUCUGCAGGCGAGCUUUUCCUUUUCUCUCUCUUGUGAAAAUGUUUGUGAGAAAUAAUUGACUUUUUUAUUUUGGGGGAGUUUUUAUUAGUGUCUCAGAAUCUUAUCUUGGUCCUGUGAAAAUGAACUCUUGGCGCUCUCAGUCGACUGUUGGAUAUCCAUCGAGAAAAAAAAAAGAGAGAAAUUGUUGGUGUUUGUUUUGUUGUUUUUUUUGCUCAAGUGUACCUAACAUGGUUUUUAGAAAAUGUACUUUAAUGCUUUUUAAAAUAUUCUGUUUUCCAUGUUAACUUAGUUACAGUUUGUUUAAAAUAUUUAAACCAAAAAAUGUAGCAAUGAUCUUUUAACUUUUUAAAGUUUAGUUUUAACAUGUUUUAAGUUUUUUUUUGUUAACGGUUUCUUGGCGUCGGCACUCUGAAAUGUCUGAAAUCUGAAAUGUUGGACUGUCAGUUGUUGUUUAAUGUGUCUGCUGUAGAGAAAAACUAAUGGAGACCGAGCCGAGUCGCCACACUGCAGGAAGAAAUCCAUCUUAUCAUCCAUCCAAAAAAAAGUCACUGAAUCUACGGAAGCCCAUUAGAGCCAAAAAACGUUUAAAUUAGAAUAGUUAGAAUUAAAAAAACAAAGUCUUAAAGUCUGAAUUAGGAGAUAUUAUGUGAUAGAAAGUCAAAAUUAUACCAACGAUUUCCUGAUUUUUGUCUAUUUAACUCAAAAUAUGAACAUCGCUCACAUUUUUUAAGUUAAAAGUUUAAAUAAGUUGGUGUAUCGUCUAAAAAAAGACAUAUUUAGCUAAAAUGUUGUCUUGUGAAGUAAAAAAUUGAUCAAAGUUUUGACUCAUUAUCUCAAACUUACGAUUAUCAUUUAAAAAGUCAGAGUUUUGAAAUAUUACUUCCUAAUUAACUUUCGAUUAUCUCAAAUUUGGACUUAACAUGUUUAUUUUCUUGUUGUAUUCUUAAGUUUUCGUGUUUUUUUUGUUGUUGUUUUUGUUUGGCGUGAAUGGGCUUCCGUAUAAAAACCUCACGUUGAAACUUAACAUCUGAGUUUUCUGAAGAUCUUUUGGGGAAAAUCUACUCACUAAAUUCACCAACUGUGAUUAUCUUUGUGUUUUUAGACGAUCUCAAAACAGGAGACGGCCUUUAACUUUGAAUAUUUUGUUGAUUCACUCCAAAAGAAAGAGAAAAUCCAACUUUAAAAACACCAAAAGUAAAUGAUAAAAAUAAAAUAAGUCAGUUUAAAGGCGUGAAUCUCAUUUUAAAGAAGCUCAGACACAAAAUUAAAACAGAUUCAGUCACUUAUUUAAAAAUGUUAUUCUAUUUUUUGCAGUGUGUGUUUUCCUGAAUCUCCAGUUUUUGUCUCUGUGGUUGUUUUAUUUUGCCGAUGGGACGGUAGCAUUAAUAAGAAAGCACUAACAAAGCGUUUGUUAGGUGUGUGUAUGGUUCGCUGUAAAUACUGAUGAUGAUAAUGAUAGUGGAGUGACUCUCUCUGACUCUGGUUGUAUUUAAGCUUUUUUUUUUUUUUUUCAUUUCAUUAUUUCCUCGAAUGUCUCUCUCUCUCUCUUUACUUAUCGAGCUUUGCAAUCAUGGACGAUGUUGAGUUUUUUUUUCUCGUGUGUGUGUGUGUGUGUGUGUGUGUGUGUGUGUGUGUUAAAAUGUUUGUUUUUAAAAAGGACAAACUUAAAAAUAAAAAAGGCAGAAGGGAUCGGAGGAGACUUGCAGUGAGGAUUUUGUCGUCUCCUCGUAUGCUGUCGGGAGACUUUAUUAGUUUCUGUUCUCAGUUUCAUCUCUCUAUCAUUAGACUAACAGGGAUUUAUAAUGUUUUUUUUAUUUUAUUUUAAUGCCUUGAAAUUUGUGGAUCACGUGCCUUCCAGGUUGAAAUGUUGUAACGACAAUGCAUCAAUGAAGAACUUGAACUCUAUCUUUUUUUCUUUUUUUUUGUAUGUCCUGAUUGGACGUAAUAAAUAAAAAAACAGACAUCAGACACCAACUAUGCACCACUUGGUGGAAGCUUGCCCCCCUCCUCAUCCUCCUCAUCCUUCUCAUCCUCACUCUGCUCAUGUACAGCUUUUAUAAAGACUCAACAAACCAGACAGAAAGAUGUAGCAAAACCUCUUUUAUUAUUAUUUUUUUUCUUCCCUGUUGUUCAUUUAAAAAAAAAAGAAAAAAGUGUGAAGAAUAUUUUGUGGCAUUUUUUUUAUUUUUCACCAAGUGUUAGACAUUUUGCUUUUGUUUUUUGUUUUUGUUUGUUUGUUGUAGUUUACUGGAAUAAUACAGCACUUUGCCAAAUAAAUAAAUAAAUAAAUAAAAAAAGGUGUAGGAAUUUUUAGGGUUAACUUUUAUUAUUAUUAUUAUUAUUAUUAUUAUUAUUUAUCAACAUAACUGGUCUCCUUUCUUUGUAUUUUGAGAUGUUCGACAGAUCAAUUCAGUUCUGUUCUGAUGUCAGAAAAAGAAAAAAACAAUGCUAAUUAAUGAAAAAAAAAAGUGGGGUCAUCUGUUUUCAAACUAUAAUAGUUAAUAUACAUGUGAUCUCUUAUUAGCCUAAAAUAAAUGUUUUCAUACGCAA